AUGCACAAGGUUCAGAAGUAUCCCGCCCCAAACUCACCGGUGGUACGCAUGAUCGUGCUGGAAACGGACGAGCCUCACCCCGAUACCCACGCAACCAAGGGUAGCUUCGGGGAGAUUCUACACAGUCAUUUCCAACAUGCCGGCGCCGAGCACGAUCCCCCAUUGGGAAUCGACACCGAUCAGAGAUUCGUAGUGGAAGACAAGGGAGGCACAGUCCCCACGUUUGAGGAGUUCGAUAGCUACCAGGGCGUCUUGAUCACUGGAAGCAUGUACGAUGCACACGGCGACAACCCCUGGAUUCUCAAGCUUCUCGAUGUUCUCAAAGAACUAUGGGAGCGUCGACCGGAUCUCCAUCUCAGCGGCGUGUGUUUUGGACACCAGCUCCUCAAUCGGAUGCUCGGCGCCGACGUUGCACCAGCUCCGUCACAAGACUGGGAACUCGGUCACUGCAGGAUUGACCUCUCGCCGGUAGGCAUGAAGCUUUUCCGCACAGAUGACGACCACGUUUUCCUUCACCAGAUGCACCAAGAUCAAGUAGUCGCGCCGCCAACGCAUGAGAGCUCACGAGGGCUCCUCAAGCCCGGCACGAAGGUGGAUAUCUGGGGUCACAGCGACCACACGAAAGUGCAAGGCAUAUAUAUUAAGGGACGGCUCUUUACGACUCAAGCCCAUCUGGCUUUUGACCAACACAUGGUCAGGAGGCAGAUUCAAAUGAGAGUCGAUAGUGGAGGUAUUCAGGAUUUGGAGCACGCAGACCAAGCAUCAGAAACGGCGCACCUGGAUCAUGAUGGCGACAUGGUGGCGGCUGCUAUCUUGAGAUUUUUCCACGGCGAUGACGAUGAAAUCGAAUGA